UGGACCAGAAAUCCCGCUGCCACCUUCUAAAAAAAUCCAUCCCCACAAAUCUCUCUCUCUCUCUCUCCCUCCCUCUGUUCUGCAUCACUGUCAUCAUCGCCGCCUUCUUCUUCUCCUCCUUUUUCUUUGGGUCUCCAUUUAUAAUCCGUCAAGCCUAUCUGUUUGUGUCCUCACUCACUUGCUCUCUCUCCCUGAUUCGAUUGAUCGCGGUUCACACAGAAUCGUAGUAAUUAAUUAACUAUAAUAAACAAAGGAAGACGAAGAAGAAGGAGAAUUGGGGGAAGAAUCGACAUCUCCUUGUAUCGGGGCUUACCAUGUCUGGUUUCCUUCGAUGGCGAAGGCUGAGAGAUACCGCCAAGUCUACCCAAUUGUUCUCUGAUGUCCUGUACGCCAGACCGAGGCCGAACCAGCCGCUCUCCUCUUCCCCUGAAUUGCCUCAUCACUGCCUCCUCUUCUGCUACUCGCAGAGGUGUUGCAUCUCCACCAGGUUGAACUACCUCCAUAUCGGGGCUUACCGGCGGAAGGAGGUACCACUGCUAGGGUGUCAGGAGAGGAAUAAGUGGGACGGGAGUAGCAGGACGAGGGCCGAGGCGAGCUGCCCACGAUGCUCCAAGCAAAUGGACAUCCUCUUCCACGGCCGCGAUCGGGCGUUCCAGGCCGUUAACCUCUGCCCCAAUUGUAAGACCGCCUACUAUUUCCGCCCUUUCAAGUUGGGAUCCUUGCAGGGGAACUUCGUUGAGGUAGGCAGGGCAGGAGGAGAGGAUCUCGACAAGAGACAGAACGAUCAAGGCGAGACCUUUCCCGACCUCAUAUGCACGGGAAGGGAGGACGUUCUGGUAGAGGAUAAGAUAGAUGACGAGUGCCCGAUCAAGCUGAGGCUUUCUUUCUGGGAGUCGUUUAGAUCCCAUGGCGGAGAUCCGCCGGAGAAUUGGCAGCCCCCAGGCAACGGCCUCGCCGUCCAGAAGCCUCCGGGGCCGCCUUUUCCUCCCGGUCUCAACGUGGUGCGCGCGUCUGGAACCGGUGGUGGGGGAGCCGGCGCUUCCGGUGGAUCAUUUGGGUCCAAGGAUGGGUGGGGCGGAUCGAAUUUGGGGAAAAAUCUGCCCACCCCCAAGGAGAUCUGUAAGGGACUCGACAAGUUUGUGGUUGGCCAGGAGCGUGCCAAGAAGGUUCUUUCAGUCGCUGUCUAUAACCACUAUAAGAGGAUAUACCAUUCAUCGCUGCAAAAGAGUUCUAGCGCAGGGGCAGAUUCUGCAAACCCUGAUGCUGAACCUGACGAUGCUGAUUCGGUGGAGCUUGAGAAAAGCAAUGUUCUUUUGAUGGGUCCGACUGGUUCAGGGAAGACAUUGCUGGCAAAAACAUUAGCCCGAUUUGUAAAUGUGCCCUUUGUUAUUGCUGAUGCAACAACAUUAACACAGGCAAGAUAUGUCGGAGAGGAUGUAGAAUCAAUACUGUAUAAGUUGCUUACGGCUGCUGAGUUCAAUGUUGAGGCAGCUCAGCAAGGCAUGGUCUACAUUGAUGAAGUUGAUAAGAUAACUAAGAAGGCCGAAAGCUUGAACAUCAGCAGAGAUGUUUCUGGUGAAGGUGUUCAACAGGCAUUACUUAAAAUGCUGGAGGGAACUGUUGUUAAUGUUCCGGAGAAAGGGGCUCGGAAACAUCCCCGUGGUGACAACAUUCAGAUAGACACAAAGGACAUUCUCUUCAUAUGUGGUGGUGCUUUUGUUGAUUUGGAGAAAACCAUUUCAGAAAGGCGUCAAGAUUCUUCCAUUGGCUUUGGAGCGCCAGUACGUGCAAACAUGAGGACUGGUGGGCACACAAAUGCUGCAGUGACUUCAUCCUUAUUAGAAUCAGUUGAAAGUGGUGAUCUUAUUGCAUAUGGUCUAAUACCGGAAUUUGUUGGGCGGUUCCCAAUUCUUGUCAGCUUGUCAGCUCUGAAUGAGGACCAGCUUGUUCAGGUUCUUACUGAGCCAAAGAGUGCUCUUGGGAAACAAUACAAGAAAAUGUUUACCAUGAAUGAUGUUAAGCUACAUUUCACAGAUGAGGCCCUUAGGCUUAUCGCAAAAAAAGCAUUGGCCAAAAAUACUGGUGCUCGAGGUUUGCGAUCUAUAUUGGAGAGCCUUUUGACAGAAGCUAUGUAUGAGAUCCCAGAUGUCAAAACAGGAAAUGAUAGAGUUGAUGCUGUGGUAGUUGAUGAGGAGGCUGUUGGAUCAGUGGAUUCUCCUGGAUGUGGUGCUAAAAUUCUGCGUGGGGAUGGAGCAUUGGAACGUUACCUGUCCCAGCGGAAACAGAAAGAAAAGGACCCUGUGGCUCCAGCCGAGGCAACGGAGGGUGAAGGAGAAAUUGAAACAGAGCACUCUACUCGAGUGAUGAGCAUGUAAGAUUAUUCCAUGUUGUCGAACAUACAAAUGGAAAAAGUUACGAAAGGCAAUGUAAUGAUCUUUGUAAGCAACUGUCUUGUCAAUGGAAAUGUAACAUGCUAAUUAAGAUAGUUCCAUAAAUCUCACAAGUUCCACAUUUUUUCUGCUGUA